AUGAACCCCUCACUUUACCUCGACUUCAGAUCUCUCAGCGCUGCACUGACUUCUCAUGCACUUCACGCUGCUAUGGAGAAGGGCGAAAUACUGAAAUCACAAGCCCAACUUGUACUGGAAAGAAAUCGCCAGUACGCCAAGCUCGCUUCUUGUCUCGCUGUUCUCCUCGUCUUUGCCUGUAUCAAAUUCCUUUCUCGACCAAGCAGGAAAUCUAAACGCUCUGCUCUCACUCUCGCCGACCUUUCUCCAUGUAUGCGCGCCCUCAUGCUCCUCAUCGUGCCCACCCGCGUCGCCUGGCCUCCACACUACAGCCGCGCCGCCCGAGCCGCAGUCCUCUCCCACAGCAAGACAAUUACUCUUGAUUUACACGUUCUCCUCGCCGACAUCUCCUCUGGAAAAAUCGAACUCCGGCAUCCCGAGGACCUCGUCGACCUUCUCAGCGGACUCCGCGUAGAUGGCUGGAUAAUUGCACUGCGCGUUGACCCGGGCUGGUCUCGGAAAAUCCAGCGCGGGAUCGCGAUGAAGCCGCUGAAGUCGCUUCUCACCCUCAUAGAUCGCGAAGAAGCGGGAAAUAGCGAUCACCCUCAGCCAGGAAAAAUCGAACGCCCCACGCUCGUGCUGGACAACGUCGCACCGAGCCUAGCCGAACCGCGCUUGGCUGCCUUCCUGCGGGCCCACUACGCCUGCGCCGUCGAGUUCACCGCCGUCUCCGGGAGUAUCUCCGCCUGGAGUACGCCCUGGAUCCUGGCCGCCUUGCCUUUCUGUCCCCAUCGCCACAAAGCCGCCUGUAUCCGCACCGAACCUCAGACCACGCCUCUCUUCGCGACUCUGCACGGGACCCUGGACCUGCUCGCUCGCGCGGACGCCCUCGCAGCUCCAGACGAAUCGGCAGCCCCAGAUACCCUGGCAUCUCCCGACGGACUGGACCAACCGCGCAAGACCAUCCUUGCCGUGCACAACAUCUCCGUCAAUUACGCGGCGGACCUGCUGGAGCUUCGCGAGCGCCUGCACUCGGACGCGACCAUGCGCUCCUCGUACGUCGCCCGAUACGGAGUUGAUUGCUGGAGGGAGCGGCGGGUGAUGCUGGCGUGGGAGGCGGCCCUGCUACGCGCUGGGAUGCUCGUUAGGUGGUCCGUCGAACUCCGCGGCUAAGGCCUGGUAAAGGAUGGCGAGGGAGGUCAACAAUCAGAGGGAAUAUUCCAUGCACACGAUCUACCACAUACACGUACCCACAGGCGGCUUCCUCGACCGCGGGCGCGGGAGGGAGAGAUCUUGCACGCAAGUCCCUCGUAUGCACGCUAUCACUCGUACGCGAAGACGUCCUUCGAAAUGCUUAUCGUUCCAUUGCAAUGCGGUUGUUGUAC